AUGGAAUAUGAAUUUGACGAGAGCUCUUUAGAAGUCUUAAAACAAGCCUUUACAUGGAGCGACUAUGAUCGUGAUGGACAAAUAAGGUAAAAAAAAAUCAGCCGACAAGACUUAAAAAUGUCAAGUGGCUUAGAAAGGGAUGAGGAAGUCGAAGCCUUGUUUUUAGCUUUCAAAGAGUCAGCAGGAAGUUUUGAGAAUCAAGAUACUGUUACCUUUGAAGAAUUCUGUAGAGGAAUCAUUGAUUUUCCUUUUCUUCUUGAACAGUUUAAACAGGAUUUCCAAGUUACAAAUAUGAGCAGGUCUCCUGAUAAAGCUGACAGUGAUGGGGAAAAUGAUGUUGGGAGAUGUGUAAGAGAACUGAGGACUUAUAAAUCACAAGAAGGCAAUGACACAAGCACGAUGCUGUUUUUGUAUUCAGGACUGCAAGAGUCCAUUAUGAAUUUUAAUAAUGCGAUAAAAAUUCCUUAUACAUCGUCAAUUACCAAUGAAACCCAAACUCCAGAAGAACUGAUGGAUACCUUGACUGAGUCUUUAAAUAGGCUUCAAGCUAAAGCUCGGCAAGAAAACAAUGCAGCUUUAUGAGAUACUUCAUCAGGGUCUAUUCAGUUAUUAAACUUAUUAAGAGACUCGUUACAGUAUUAUGAUGAUUCUUCAAAAAAUGCGAAAAAUAAGCUAACUUCCCCCUCUCCGUGAGUGAACAAAACCAUUAGAAAUAUCCCUAUUUUUUGCCAAAAAACCCACCCUCUGUGAGUGAACAAAAAUUUUUAAUAGAAAAAAUUUUUAUGGAAAAAAAAUUGAUAUAUAAGUGAUAAUUAUUAUAAUGAAAUCUCGAGCUAAUUCUGUUUAAUUUUAAACAAAUUGCGUUUUAAAAAACAUAAAUUUUUCUAAAUUAAAUUAAUAUCUGCUUCCCAAUUUUUGCAAAUUAAAUGUUUUUUUAAAAUUUCGAAACAAAAUUAACCCCCUCCGUGAGUGAACAAAAUUUUUUUGCUCCCUCACGGAGGGGGGGAGUAAGAGAAUCCCAGCUAGCUUUCGAUUCAUUAAAGCAGCACUGCAAUCGCUUAGAAGAAUCCAACAAAGUUCUAUCAUUUUCCUUAUAAAUAAUCCUAUUAUCCUCAUAAUUCUACUAAAUACCUAUUUUUAUAUAUUAUACCUAAUCAUAGAACUUAAAAAAUUAUUAUAAAAUCAAGGAUUUAUUUAUUAUAAAAUAGCAGGCCAAUAAAAAAAAUUUAGCCUCUAUAAUAAGAUAUAGCAUAUUAUCGCAACUUGAUGAGCUUGAAGUCGAAACAAAAGAAACCAAAGAAGCUCAUUCACAAACAUUAGCCCAAAAGCAAAAUUUACAGUAUAAAUUAAGACAAGCCGAACACUCUCGGGAAGAGUCUUUAGACCAAAUGGAAAAAAUAAAAAAUGAUAUUUCAGAAAAAGAAAAAGCAAUUUCUCAGCUAGAAAAAGAAUUAAGAAGACUAAACAGCAUGAAAAAAAUCCAAGAAAUCAGAGGAACUAUAGGAAAAAACGCUGGAGACCUAAAAAAACAGCAGCAGCUUAUAGACUAUCGACAAAGCAUGCCCAUAAAAGGAGCGACACCUAUUUUAUCACCUAAAAAUAAAGCGAAAGAAGAGCACAAAGGGUUUGUAGACCCAUCACAAAAGCUUAAAAACAAAGACGAAAGAAUUAAGCGGCUUGAAAAUGAAUUAAGAAAAGCAAACGCCCAGGAAGUCAAAUUAAGAGAAGACUUAGAGGCAGUUAAAACAGAAAACCAGAAAUUAAUUUUUAGGCUAAAAGAAGCCCAAUUAUCAAUUCAAGAAAAAAGAGACUCUGCAUUUGAAGAUGAAACCAUUGAAAACACGUCAAAUUUGUAUGAAGAAAUGAAAAUGAUCGGGGAAAACUAUGAAAGAAAUACGAGAGACUCAAAACAGCCGGUUUAUAAGCAAAUAAGCGUAAAUAAGGUAGAUGUGGAGACACAAACUUCAAAAGUCCAGAAAAACAAAGAAAAAAAUAAAGGGAAAGAAAGGUCGUCAUGCUUUUCAUGUUUUUAA